UCGGCGCACAUCCCGGUGCCAGCGCAGAGAGACCCCCCAGGAAAAUCCCGGCUGGACGAGGUCAUGGCUGCGGCAGCCCUCACCAGUCUGUCCACCAGCACCCUCCUUCUGGGGGCCCCAGCUGCAGCCUGUAGCCCAGAGCCUGGCUUGGAGCCCUGGAAGGAGGCCCUGGUGCGGCCACUGGGCAGCUGCAGCAGCAGCGGAGACUGGGGCUGGGACCUGGCCAGUGACCGGUCCUCUCCGUCUAUCCCUUCACCCCCACUGCCCUCCGAGGCAGCCCAUUUCCUAUUCGGGGAACCUGCCCCAAAGAAGAGAAAGAGCUCCGUGCGGGUCCUGUUCCAGUGUCUGUGGAAGCGGUGUGGGAAAGUGCUGAGCACGGCCUCCGGGAUGCAGAGACACAUCCGCCUGGUGCACCUGGGGCGGCAGGCAGAGCCUGAGCAGAGCGACGGGGAGGAGGACUUCUACUACACAGAGUUGGACGUUGGCAUGGAUGUGCUGACAGACGGGCUGUCCAGCCUGUCUCCAGCGUCCCCCGCGGCCUCCGUGCCCCCCGCCUCCCCCCGCCUGGAGCUGCCAGAGCCUCGGACCCUGUCCAGCCUGCUGCACCCGCUGGCCCUGCCCCCAGUUCCGGUGCUGAGCCCCGUGGCACCCCGCGAGGCGCGCCGAGGUGACGACGCCUACCAGGGCUGCCUGGCCCCCACCCGCCCGGAGCCACAGCCGACCACCGUCAGGACCUGUGUGCCGACCCUGCCCUCCAGACUCGGCGCCAGCCCAAGGAAGCCCCGAGGUGAUGCCAAGAAGUGCCGGAAGGUGUAUGGCAUGGAUCACAGGCACCUGUGGUGCACAGCCUGCCGCUGGAAGAAGGCGUGCCAGCGCUUC